UUUGUUUUGCUUGCGUUACCACUUUCAUUUCAUCACCUUACGCCGGUCAGUCGCGGUUGUCGGUAGAAGACACACUGCCACCACGAACUAUAAAACCUGUAUUACCAUGUCAACGAAAAUAACAAGUGAACCUUUUGGUCAGACGGAAGAUGGGCAGGAAGUAACAAGAUUUACAUUGACAAACUCGAAAGGCGCUAGUGUCAAAAUUUUGGAUUAUGGAGGAAGAGUUGCUGACAUCAAUGUGCCAGAUAAGAAUGGAAAGAUGGGUGAUGUCAGCCUGGGGUUUGACAAUAUUAAAGAUUAUGAGGCCCAUCCGCUUUUCUUUGGGGGUUUAUGCGGGCGCGUGGCCAAUCGCAUUGCUGGUGCCGAGUUCACGUUAGAUGGAAAAACCCACAAACUUUUUGUGAACAAUGGUCCCAACACCAAUCACGGAGGCAAAGCUGGGUUUGAUCAGAGAAUGUGGAAGGGUGAGAUCAAGGGAGACAAACUGGUUGUGAGCUACUUGAGUGUUGAUGGUGAAGAGCACUUUCCUGGUGAUCUGUCUGUGGAAGUGACGUACAGCCUCUGUGAGGACAACAGUUUGAAAUUGGAGUACAAGGCCACCACCACAAAGCCCACGAUUCUCAACCUCACGAACCAUACCUAUUUCAAUCUGGCUGGUCAUGGAGCUGGACAUCUAGAUGAUCAUGUCAUUACCAUGUAUUCAGACAGCUACUUGCCUCUGGAUGAGACUGGAGUCCCGUUAGGUGAAGUGAAAAAGGUUGACGGAACAGAGUAUGACUUGAGAUCUCCUGUCAGGAUGGGCGAUAGGCUGCAUAACGUACCCGGUGGAAAAGGCUUUGACAUAAACUUUUGUUUGGACAACAACGGAGAGAUGAAGCUGGCAGCAAGAGUGGAGCAUCCUCCAUCAGGGCGCUACCUAGAGUGUCGCACCACAGAGCCUGGCCUACAGCUGUACAGUGCCUUCUAUAUCUACCCCAUGACUGGCAAAGAGGGAGCAGCUUAUGGAAAGUAUGGAGGUUUAUGUUUGGAGGCCCAGCAUUACCCAGACAGCAUUCACAAGCCUGACUUCCCAACAACUGUUCUGCGACCCGGGGAGACCUACACACAGACAACUAUCUACAAAUUUGGAAUUAUUUAAUCAUGAGUAAAAGAUUGCAUCUCUUUUGCUAUAUAUAGAGAACAAAUUUGAAAUGAUAUGAUUGCUAGUUCGAAGAAUGACAAGCAUUUCUGAUAUUACAUAGGACACUUUCAAAAUUGUGUCAUCACAAAUUUUUUACAUGCUACUCAUGUGUUGUAGAGAACAGCUAGACCAGUGUUUGUCAACCUUUUUAUAGCCAGGGCCCACUUUUGCCACCUUUAACUCACUCACUGCCAGACCCGAGGAGUGUCAGAUUUUUUCUAUGUACUGCCAACUACCAUUACCAAAACCUGUUGGGUUCGACUUUCCUUUUGGGUUUUUUUUUCAACAAUAGACCGAGGUAUUUCAGGUCUAGCCUUUGAGGGCAUGUCACUACUGUCCUUUUCGAGUUGAUUGAACAUUAUUCGAGUUACGUCCCUUGAUAACUGAACAAAUUUUCAAUAUGCCGGAUGACCCAAAAUACAUCAGUUUCAGUACUAUGUCGAAGGAACAACAUUGGAACCUUUUUAAACUCAUGGACCCAUACGUCAAUGAUAGGCCGUGUCUAGAUGUUUCUAGUAGUGAAAAGGAUGACAGCAAUGGUGAGGCUGUAGGAAUAAGUAAAGGUGAUCUAAGUGGUCUUGAUCUUAUAGUUGUUGAAAGUACUGGUGAUAAAUCUUACAUCGACCCUAUGGCUCCAGGGCCAAGUUCUAACACUCCAUAUUUCACUGCCACACCUGGUCUCCUAUAUGAUGAUACAACAGAUCAAAUAAUCAUAACUCCAGGCAUGAUAAAACAUUGAACUGCAAGUCGGUGAAAAAAAAUGUUUCUGCACCUCUACAUCAUUUCAAUCAGUCAAGCACCUAUUCUCCACCAGAAGGUGCGUGCAAAGAGGAACCUGAAAACCUGGUGGCCGCAGAAGUUCAUCAUCAUCAAAAUGGGAAAAAAGCUCUGUAAGGAGUACAUGCAGGAGAAACAACUGGACCCUGCCACAGCUCUCCAGCCUGAACCCUCCCCUGAUGCUCAUCUACCGAUCGCCUCCUUGGUCAUCACUUUCCUAGGCUUUUGCCUUCCACCAAAGAAAAUAAACAUGAAUUUUUAUCAUUUUAAUCGAAUCAUUGCCCAAAACCAAGCCAUGCUGUGAACUGUUGUGAACGCAACCAAUUUGUGUUUCGUGCACUCAUAUAUGACUUUAUGCAAUUGGAAGCACCAUAAGACUCUUAAUAAAACUAGAACAAGAAAGGACAGCAAAUUUGUGUAGACAGGCACAGUGCAAACCUUGACAGCAGUAAGAAAUCUCGCAAAUGCAAAGAGACAACAUUCCGGUACGCAAACUGCAAGAUCCCUCUGUGUUUGGGUGGACCAAACUUGCUUGGCAGAUUCUCACACCAUGGCAAAUUAUGUUCCAUAGCAAGGUCAGUCAUCAAUUUGAUCAGUAACAAAAGUCUGUUAUAUUUCAAACUAACUCAGAUUGUUCUUCUGUUGUUCAAGCCUUGUUUUGUGCUUGAAAAGGUACAAAAUAAGUAACACAAGUCUAUUUUUAAAAAGAUGUUUUUCUAAUUUUUGACAUAUUUGCAAAAAAAAUCAUUUCUGUUGUAUGUUUUAUUGCCCUUUUGCAUGCCAAGUUUCAUUGGUAGCCUAUUCAUUGGUAGCCUAUUCAUUGGUAGCCUAUUCAUUGGUAGCCUAUUCAUUGGUAGCCUAUUCAUUGGUAGCCUAUGUGGUGAACAAUAAGGUCACUUUGAAAUAGAUGCCAAAAUACACAGCAUUCUUAAAACUUUGGAUGGUAAACAAAAAGUGCGCAGCAGCAAGUUAGUUAAGAGGCUAAAAUGUUCGUACUGGCCACUUACCUGUAUUUCCAAGCAGGGCAGUACAUAAUACCUUUCACCACAUGGGCAAUCCCCACUGUCCACCAAAAUUACCGAAUGGCCCACUGGCAAGCGAUAUCUUCUAGGUUGGCAAGCACUGAAUUAGACACUUGAUUGUAAUUUUGUUUUUUGUAGAAUUCUUAAGGUUUGCAGAGAACUCUUCUAAGUAACGAUGAAUAAUUUAUGGCUUUUUUAAAUGCAUUUUUAUGUGAGUUUUCACAGAAAGGAAGUUGUUCUGAAGUUGUCUGUAGAAGUAUUUGAUGUGUCGUAUAAUUUCUAAUUUCUUUGACUUUUGUUGCAUGUCAGUUGUGUUCAGCGGCUUAUUUCCAUUAUUGUGAAGUGUUGAAGGUCCAUGUUUCUAUGACUGUUUAUGCAUCGUAGCUUUUGUUAAUGCUUACACAAAAGUGUGCUUGGGAUAUUUUUAUGUUUAUUUUAGUGCAAUUAGUCAUUAAUUAAGUACUCAUGUAUUCUACUGCAUGACCUCUACAAUUCUCCCGGUUUGCUUUUGCUUAUAAAUGAGACAUGCACAUUUGAGAUGUGGGAUAUUUUGCUUAUACUACAAAAUAAAUUAUCAGCUGUAUUGCUGUAUAUAUAUACAUAUAU